UGCAAUUCGCAUCCGGUUCACCUGCACACGUGUGGAUUGCUUGUGCUGUUGCUAUUUUGUCCCGUCUUCUAUCUUCUUAGCGCUCUGUGCGUUGCGUCUACAAGUUGAGCUGACACAGUUGAGCACACAGGGCACGCGGUAAGGCUAGCAAUGAAAUCGAUAGUGGAGCUGUUUUGCUUUUUUUUUUUGGAGGGGAGAAUUUCUGUUGUUGUCCUGCUCGCCAGUGCAGUGCAGGAUUACCGCGAAGGUCAAAGGUGUAGUACCAUAAUUGAAAAUCAUUCCCAGUGGUUUGGGCGCCCCGCUUUGGGGUUACAGGCGGUUUGCUGCAUGGUCCCUCUUCUGUGUGUUUUCAAUUUUCUGUAACGAUUUCACGGCAAAGGGGGGAGAAAAAAUCAUGGCAGGGCUAUAGUAGUGGUUAGGGGAUUUUCUGCGAGUGUGUGUGUGUGUGUGUUGCUGGAUGACCAUGAAAUGAAGGACAUUGAGAGAUCGCCGGAACCAAAACCGAGCCGUACAGCUAGGUGAUGCUAGCCCCGGUUUGUCCUAGCAGGAUGUUCCACACGUAUAUCUAUAUACAAUCGGAAAAUUACGGAGAAUAACAACAAAGUGCCUUACCAAUGGCCUCAUGGUUGGGAAAAAAUGUCAACUAAACAUUAACAAAAAAAAUAAUAAUAAACAGAGAGCUUUGCGGGCGCGUAUCAAACGCAUUGCAGAGAAGCAAAAAAAAAAAACAAACAAAACAAAUAUAAGUAAAAACACAUCAUGCUCAAGCAUUUGCUGUGCUGUGCGCUGUGUGUUUUGUUUUUAUGUAAUAUAAAUGUCCUGAUGUCAACGUGCCCAUUUUGGUGCUCCCGUCCUGCUGGCUGGCGGAACGAGCGUGGCCGUUUUUUUUCCCUGAGGCUUGCGCACAACGACGGGAACCAUUCGUGUUGCACACUCCGUGCUCCAUGUGAGCAUGUGAUUCCAAUUUACGAUACUACUACUCGGACGCGCGUGCUCUGUCUCUCUCUAUCUCUUCCUCACUCAAGCACGCGCCAGAGCGGUGUGAUUGUGUUGGGGCAGCUGAUAACACGAGCGCGCGCGCACAUGCGUGGGUGUGUGUGUGUUUGUGUUGAUUUACAUCCAUGGAUAGAGGAGAGGGGGGACGGGGAAGCGAAAAAUGGGGUCAUUAGCAGUGGCGAGCGUUCUGCUGUAUCGUACGAACAAAUCUACCACCAGUACCCCUGCACUGGCACUGAGCCGUUGGAGAAGGCAAACGUUACGGCUAUAGAAUUGAACACAUUCUGUAACCAGCUGCAGACUUUUUCACACGUAUGUGUGUUUGUGUGUGUGUGUGUGUGUUUUCUCCCCCCUCCGCUGUUGUUGCUGAUCGUUUGUUCGUACGAUUUCCGCAGCGCAUCACUCUCGAAUAGCAAGGCGCAAACGGACGGGCGCAAGAAAUAACAAUACAAAAAUAUUAUCGGAACCAUCUCCUUCCAACCCCCUCCAGUGACAGUAACAAUAGUGAUGUGAAAUGUGAGUGUGUCAGCGAACGCCAAAUACGACUCUACGCUGUACCAACAACCAGCCGACGAACCAGCAAACAACCAAAAGCCCCAAACCGCCCGCAAAAACCGCCGUCUCAGGAAACGCGUUUUUGCGCUAGCGGCGAGCGGAACGCACCGGGAACUACGAUCAACCCAGCCUUCGCCAGCCCUCCACCAGGCGUCCGUGCGCACCAGAGGCCCCGAGAGCGCCGGCAUGGCGUCCGCGUACUACCACCAGUCGGCAGUUGGCGUCGGCAACGUGCUGGUGCUGCUGCUCGGUGCGACUGUGAUAUGUCCCGCCUACGCCAUCAUCGAUCGGCUGGUGGUGCAAACGAGCAGCGGUCCGAUCCGCGGCCGCUCGACCAUGGUGCAGGGGCGCGAGGUGCACGUGUUCAAUGGCGUACCGUUCGCGAAGCCGCCGGUCGACAGCCUGCGGUUCAAGAAGCCCGUCCCGGCCGAACCGUGGCACGGGGUGCUCGAUGCAACCAGACUACCUCCGUCGUGCAUACAGGAACGGUACGAAUAUUUCCCCGGCUUCGCAGGCGAAGAGAUGUGGAAUCCCAACACGAACGUUUCCGAAGACUGUCUGUAUCUGAACAUCUGGGUGCCGACGAAAACACGCCUACGGCAUGGACGCGGCCUGAACUUUGGAAGCAAUGACUAUUUCCAGGACGAUGACGAUUUCCAGCGCCAGCAUCAGUCGAAGGGCGGGCUGGCAAUGCUGGUUUGGAUCUAUGGCGGCGGGUUCAUGAGCGGCACCUCCACCCUGGACAUCUACAACGCGGAAAUACUGGCCGCGGUUGGCAAUGUGAUCGUGGCGUCGAUGCAGUACCGGGUCGGUGCGUUCGGCUUCCUCUACCUGGCACCGUACAUCAACGGGUACGAGGAGGAUGCGCCCGGCAACAUGGGCAUGUGGGACCAGGCGCUGGCGAUCCGGUGGCUGAAGGAAAACGCGAAAGCGUUCGGCGGCGACCCGGACCUGAUCACGCUGUUCGGCGAGUCGGCGGGCGGCAGCUCGGUCAGCCUGCACCUGCUGUCGCCGGUGACGCGCGGCCUGUCCAAGCGGGGCAUCCUGCAAUCGGGCACGCUCAACGCACCGUGGAGCCACAUGACGGCCGAGAAGGCGCUGCAGAUCGCGGAAGGGCUCAUCGACGACUGCAACUGUAAUCUGACAAUGUUGAAGGAGUCACCGAGCACGGUCAUGCAGUGCAUGAGAAACGUGGACGCGAAGACGAUCUCGGUCCAGCAGUGGAACUCGUACUCCGGCAUACUAGGGUUUCCGUCGGCGCCGACCAUCGACGGAGUGUUCAUGACAGCCGAUCCGAUGACCAUGCUGCGUGAGGCAAACCUCGAAGGAAUUGACAUACUGGUCGGCAGCAACCGGGACGAAGGCACCUACUUUCUGCUGUACGACUUUAUCGACUACUUUGAGAAGGAUGCGGCCACCUCGCUGCCGAGGGACAAGUUUUUGGAAAUCAUGAACACCAUCUUCAACAAAGCGUCCGAGCCGGAACGCGAGGCAAUCAUCUUUCAGUACACGGGAUGGGAGAGUGGCAACGAUGGGUACCAGAACCAGCACCAGGUCGGGCGGGCUGUCGGGGACCACUUCUUCAUCUGUCCGACGAACGAGUUCGCGCUCGGGCUGACGGAGCGUGGCGCCUCGGUGCACUAUUACUACUUCACUCACCGUACCAGCACCUCUCUGUGGGGCGAAUGGAUGGGCGUGCUGCACGGUGACGAGGUCGAGUACAUCUUCGGCCAGCCGAUGAACGCGUCGCUGCAGUACCGGCAGCGGGAGCGGGACCUGAGCCGCCGCAUGGUACUGUCGGUGAGCGAGUUUGCACGCACCGGCAAUCCGGCCCUCGAGGGCGAACACUGGCCACUGUACACGAGGGAGAACCCGAUCUACUUUAUCUUCAACGCGGAGGGCGAGGACGAUCUGCGGGGCGAAAAGUAUGGCCGCGGACCGAUGGCGACCUCGUGCGCCUUCUGGAACGACUUCCUACCAAGACUGCGGGCCUGGUCGGUGCCCUUGAAGGAUCCGUGCAAGCUCGACGACCACACCUCGAUAGCCAGCACCGCCCGGGCAGCGCCCACCGUUGCGCUGCUGAUCGCGCUCAGUCUGGCGGUGGCGAGAUUGGUAGCAGCUUAAGCUGGCGCGCCCAGCACAGCAUCCACCCAUUAUCCCGUUCAACCCCCCGCCCAAUACCCGUACACAUCUUCCCCAUCCAUUCCCAAACUCUCUAGUUCGUUGCACCCCGGAUGGAAACAGCCUAUUUAUCCAUGCUUGACCCCGCGAUAGGCCGAUCGGCAUCAUCCGCAAGACAGCGGAAAGUAUUCAUUGGUUUUGUGAUGGCGUAUUAUCGAAUUUCAAGGAGCUUUUUCUUGGUGAAGCGCAGGCGCUUUUCAUCAAUUGACGGAUACAUACAUCCCUCUUAAAGGAAGACAAGCAGCAAACAAUAAAGGGGAAACACACAUACACAAACGUAAAACGAAUAUGCUCUAACAUCUAACAACAAAAAUCAAACCAAGCUCAGUGCAGUGGGAAGCAGUGAGUAAAAACGAUAAAGAGAGAGAGAGAGCUGGAAAAAAGAAACAGCGAACAGCGAGCAGGAACAACAAAAAAAAAACGAAAGGAAGCAUCAGUGGGGGAGCAAGAAACUAAUACAUAUCGCCACAACACGUUACCAAAGGACUGGAUCCUGUGAUCUUUUUCUUUGGGCUACUGGUGCCCUGAAUAACAACCAACCAAAAAAAGAAAAAGAGAAAGAAGAAGCAGACAACAACAAAAAAAGAAACAACCUCUGUCACAAAUACAUAUCACGUGCUUGAAGACUUAUGAAAUAUUGCUGUGUAGCUAUACCUAGAGAAUAUGAUAAAACCAAAAAAAUAACAAUAUUUAAGCAUAAUAUUGCAAGCGGUAGGAGAAAGGUGAUGCAACAACAACAAAAAAAGAAAAAGAAAAACCGAAAAAGCAAGGGAGCAGACUAGCAGAAGCUUAGCGACCGUACGCGUCGGGCACAGCCGCGUAGGGCAAGGGAUAAAAGGCCCGUUCUUUGGCUGCACAUCUCCACUACCGACUAAAAUUGUAGCGUAAAGAAACCUCCGUUUGAAGAAAGUUGCUCCUUUCUGACACACACGUGAUUUGAUUUUCCACCGUACGCUCUACUGUACUUCGGUUUUUCUUCAUUUGUUUUUCUCUGUAAACUCGUCGUAAUCUGAACAAUGAACUUUUAAAAGGAAACCAAAGCAUGGCGCCAUUUAGAUGUUACAUUUAAUAUACCUAUAUAUAUAUUAUAUAUAUAUACAUAUACAUACAAAACAUAAUUAUAUAUGAAGCAAAUAAGUUUAUUUAACGAUUUGAAAAACAAAAAAGGCUCGUUUAUUAAAAAAAAUCAAAGCAACCCAAAACAAGGAAAAACAACACGCACUUGCAUUACCAAAAAAAACAAAACAAAACAACAACUCUUUAUGAAGUAAUGGAUCCAUCUUUUUUAGAUGUUCAACCGACUAUAUAUAUAUUUAACGUAAAGCAGUAUGUAAACCCCAAAACAUAUCAUUCAAACUGGAUAAACUUAGAUAUUAAUAUACAAUAUUGUAGAAGAAAAACACGAAACGAAACCACAACAAAACAAGCGAGCAACGGGCAGAAAGGAUGAGAAGAAACGGUAGCGGAGGAAAAAAAAAACAAGUGGUUAGAAAAACAGGAAUGGAAAAGACAAAUAGCGAAUAAGUAAAUCUACCUUUAUAAGAAAGCUUUUUAUGAGAAUUGUAAACCCACUUUUGAAAACAAUACCGAUCGGCAAAAUUAAGUAUAACAACAACAGCAAACUAGCAAACAAAAAAAAAAAGAAGAAGAAAGAGAAAUGUAAACACGAACUGUCAACGGUGGCGAUAUUGUUAGUAAUUGGUAAAUACUGUUAGUAGAGAGGGAAGCGUGUUUGGUUUGUUUUAUUAGUAACGGUCAAAACAUACGCGAUGCGGUCUUAUGAUCAACAAAACAAACAACAUUCAUACACAUGCAUGUGAUUCAAUACGAUGUUUAGCGGUGUUUAGCGAAAAAAAAAACGAAAAAACUAACACAAAACUCAAUCUUACACACGGCCACACCUGCGCAUGCAGUAAAGUGUAGAAUAUAUGCGUUAAACAGGAUUAACACAUUUAAAACACACAGCAACAAACAAGCACUCAAACACAAGGACAAGAAACGGUAAAAGAAGAAAGUGUAGCAAAUUGACACUAAAAAAUGUUUUAACAAAAAGGAAAAGACGUACAGUGGAACGUAAAAUUGAGUAGUGCACAUAGUGUACAUACCUCUAGUUGCUUCUAGAACGGAGAGAAAGUGAAACACAAAACAAACAAAAGUAACACACACACACACUGAAAACCAAAAAAACAUAUCAGGUGCUUUAACCGUUAUUGUAAUUCGUAACGCGUGCAGAGAAGAGUAGUAGAGAAGUAGUAGUGCACCAUCUCCCACUAGUGCGGCGGGGGAGGGGGGGGGGCAGUCAAUGUUGAACGUGAACGCUUUUACGUAGAUGUGUAGUCGCGCUAACCGAGCGAGCAAGUUCGCUAGCCAGCUCUAUUCCGAGCUCCCAAUCGGCACGGGGGAAAUGGUGCUGCUCAAGGACCGAGCGAACGAGGCAGCCGUACAUUUUCAAUUGGUUCGCAAAGAGGCUCCACUUUAGCGAAUCAAUUAAAGUCGAAGGGUGCAGAAAAGAUAACGCCUGGGUAACGCCACCGUAACGCUAUGAUCGAGAAAAGAGAGAUAAAGAAAGAGAGAUAUAGAGAGUGAGAGAGAAAGAAAGAGCUAGUGUAAACAAAUGGUGCAGUAGACAGUAGAUUCUUCACACUGACAGGUGUGUCAUUAUUGGCUUGUUUCAACAGAAAACAGAAACAGUAACACUGUUUAGCACUAACCUUCAAACAGGUACUAAUGGCGGCACUUUCUGGUUUCUGACUAUGUUUAGGGUGUGUGCGUGGAAGUAUUAAGUAAAUGAUUAGUAGUGGUAGUAACCAUUAUACACACACACAUGCAUACACACACAGCGUGUCUGUGUGUGUGUGCAACACAAUACAAAGGUCAAAGCUUAUCGUAAAACAUAUCAGGUAGCAUACUGCAGUGAGCAGUUCUGUUUGGCACUACUGUGCACUAGUCUAGCCACCAUAUGCAAUAUGCAAGAGAGACAUAGUCACCCAUCCUCCCGCCACCCUUUGAGCUUAUCCACCUGUGUGACCUGAAAAUCUCGAGAGGAAUGGACAGUGUGAAAAGAAACCGAAAGUCAGCAGCUGUCAGUGUAAGACCGCAACGCGCUUGCGCCACUCCUCCGAUGUACUACCCACAACAGCUGCAAACAGGAAGCAGAACAAAACCCAACACAAGAACCUGGGCCAGAGAGGCUGACAUUUAGUGAAGACCGUUGAUAGUAGACGAACGGGCCUGUGUGCUAAAGUAGCCGGUUACACGGAUGCACAGCAUUGGCGACAGGUCGUUGGCGCCCCUUUUCGGCAGUCGAAAUCGAUCUGGCAAGUGUACGGGCCGGGUUCACGGGCGCUAGCGGGUGAAGUCUGAUUUUUGGACGCAUUUUGUUUUCUGCCAACGUUGGUGGAGUGCGCGUAAAGCCGGAGGCGGAGUUAGCUGUCCAAGUUUUGUGUCCAAUGUGCUGUACUAGUAUUAUGAACAAUCACACGCAAACGCACGCCGACACCUUAGCAAGUUCCUUGUGAGUUGUGAAUUGAGUUGUGUGAAUUGAGCGGUAUAGCAUUUCCGAGACUGUAAACUUAAGCGUAUGUGCGGCUAGUGCAUUAUCGUUACAAUUGAUUACUGGAAAAGUAUUACUAGACAAACUAUACGAACAAAAAAAAAACCCAUACAUAUCACUCGGCCCCAUACGCGAGUUGGGGUGGGAAAGAAACUAACACACAAACACACCGUCAGGCCGAGCAGUUUAGUUGUUGAGCGUGGUCCGAGGGUAGUGUAGUAACCACCGCACGACGUUUAGUAGUUUUUUACGUUACUUGCUGUGCUUGGUGUGCUUGCGAGGGUGCACAAAUUGCCUCUAUGUGUCAGUGGAACCAGGCAGGCAGCAGCAGACGGAAGUGUAACCGCAGUACGUGCAUCUGUACACUUUCUGUCGCGUGUACACUUGCGGUAAAUAUAUAUAUACACACGCAUAUAACACAAAACAAAACAAAACAUGUACGGAAAGUAGUUUUAUCAUCUUAUUACAAAGGCCUUCUAGAGACAAAGAAUAACGAAACAAAGAAAAACGAAGAAGAUGAACAAACAACCAAACACUAAGAAUACGUUUUUGUACAGUGAGGCACUAGCACGGAACGCUACCAGUAUUACGAGAAGAAGAACAUACAAAAAUCAGUAGCAUAACUGUCUACCUUGUAAAUCAUACAGGAUGAGCUAGUGCAUCGUUACACAGUCAGUAGUGUGCAGAUAGUAGUGUGGGUUCGCCGCCAUGCCGGCCAUACCAUUAUUGUAAUUGCGUAAAUGCUAGUGUCCUAUUCUUUGUUUGGACGCUGUAGUUCCAUUGCUUGGACAUCAACAGACAUAUCAAAUAUUGCAAUGCAAACAAAUACGCACACACACACACGCACAGACACAACACAAAAUAGAGCUAAUGAAUGAGUGGUAGUAGCGCAAGAUGAAUGCCAACGCAUUUCUAAGUGAUCGAGUCGAAAUGACCAUUGUGUGUGUGUGUGUGUGUGUGUGUGUGUGUGUGUGUGUGUGUGUGUGUGUGUGUGUGUGUGUGUGUGUGUGUGUGUGUGUGUGUGUGUGUGUGUGUGUGUGUGUGUGGGUGGGUGUGCGUUUGUGGCCCAUCCCUAGCCGUAGGUUUGUUUGUAAUGUAAGUCCCGCUAAGAACUUCUUCACGAAUCGUUUCUACUCACACGCUUGUACGGAAGAGGUGAUUUGAGGUUAGGUUUGUUUCGCUGUUUCUAUGGCCGAUCGAUACCGAUUGGCGAUCGUUGGUUCGGUACCACGAUUGUUUGUGCCACGAUUCGUUUUGGCCUUUACUCUCCUGCAUUUCUGUUACAUCGAUAAAGACUGAAUUUCGGACUUGUAUGUCAACUGAUACGUAUUAUCAAUCAUAUACAAAAAAAGGAACACUCCUUUUCUCCCACAGCGAAUCCUGCGAGCAUUUGGAAAACUAUAUGGUUGAUUAUUUUUUUCAUUCGCUGUUUCUGAUAUAAAUAUAUGUAUACACACACAUGAAGAAAAAAAAACAAAUUGGCGCUCACUAAUUCAGACUGGAAUUCAGCUAAGUAAAUUAGCGUUUAGUUUCGGAUAGAAUUGAUUGUUUCAGUUAUUAUAUUUCUUAUGUUUUUUAAGCAUAAAUUUUGUUUUUGUUGUAUGAAUGAGUUACUUGUAGCUAAUAACUCUUAGUUUAAAUUAAUUACCAACCCAAUAGUUAUGGCCACCCUACUCGUUUGCCAAAACUGUAUAAUCACACUAUCUCUUUUGCUUAUAUUGCUUAUAUUGUUUACAACAAUGGUUCAUCGUUUAAAUGACCCCUUCUAUACCAAGGAAGUAACUCAUCGCAGGCAGAUCGGUCGCCGCUGCCGGAUAUUCUGUUUUCAUGGGUGUGCGUGCACUAGACGGUAGCGUUUGCGUACCAAGGUAUGAUUUUACACCGUCGCCACGGACGACACACCGUAACGUCUGUUACUAUGCACUAAGCAGCUUAGUAUGCGUGAACGUUUUCACUACACUGCGGGCUGCAGCAGCAGCAGCAGCAGCAACAGCGGAAGCUCCAAUGACAAUAAAAAUAAGCAAGUCAUUCUAUUUUUACUCUUUUUCUCCUAUGGAAGUGAAACAAAAAAAAGGAAAUAAUGUAGGAAAAAAUCUAACCAAACACGAUUGUCGUUUGCUUGCGUGAGUGUAUUUUUUGUGUGUAGUGUGCACGAUACAUUGGGCAGGAAAACCAACACAACAGCAAACAAUAAAAUUAGUAACUAUACUAUAGCGUGGUUGGGCGGAUUGCGUUCGACUGUUUAGAAAACACUGUUUAGGCAUGUACGUGUAAUUGCACCACAAAAUGGUUGACAAAAUAAAACUAAAUGGUUCGCUAUUGAGAAGCGCUAUUAGGGGUUUUUUUUUUGUUAAAAUCUUAGUAAUUGAAAAGCUUUUUAACUGUCAAGAAACAAGAGAGAGAGAGAGAGAGAGAGAGAGAGAGAGAGAGAGAGAGAGAGAGAGGAAAGAUAACAACAACAUAUCGUAUUUAUAAACAACAUCGUAUUAUAAACAAGCAUAUUAUCUAGAUUAGUGCCUGUCUGUGACGAAUAAGUAAAUCGACAAGUCAAACCGUAAAGCUGAUAGAUAAUAAUGUACUUAUUCACCAAUAGCAACAUCCAGUGGAAAUUUCAAUGUCUAUGAACAAUAAUUAACAAUCACACUUGAACCAAUACACACACACUGAAACAACAGAACAGAACACAGCAGACGACGACCACAAGGAUAGCAGCUGCACGAUAGCGGUAAAAAAACGCUCGUAGUACGAUGUUAGUAUACUAUUUUUGAUUUAAGCCGUGUUUUGCUACUUCUUGCCACAUCUCGCACCCAAAAAGGUAGACGCGUGACGGGGUGAACGUGCGGCUUCGUGUGUUCGGUAGUGACUGGGGCAGGCUUUUAGGUAUCUUUCCCAAAGCGAAUGCAGCGCACUUUUUAAAUGCGCAGGUUUUUUUUGGAGGAUCAAACGAUGAACGAGGUUACAAAAUUAGCAACAAAAUACUCUGCUGAAGUGAUAUUUCCAGCUGACACGUUAGCGCUGUGUGCCCAUGCAACCCACCCAUGAGGACGCCUGUAGAACAGGCAUCAGCAGACAUUGGAAGGGGAGGGGGGGGGGGGGGGUUGUUGGGUCAAAUGAAAAAAAAAAAAACAAGGAAACAGUAGUAGGUGUGUUUAGAUUCUAAGUAGCUGCAACUCCAUCAGAUUGAACGUUCAAUGCUAUUAUGUAGUAAAGGUUAAAUGGAAGGUAUACAUACAUAUAUAUUAAACAAACAACACAAAACAAAACUACCAAACUUUAAAACUCUCUAAAUGAUAAUUAACUAAAAGCGAUUAGCGUCGAAUCGUACCACAUUUUAUAAAUGUAAAACGGAGAAAGUAUUAAAGUGAAACACACAAACAAGAAACGAUACUAAAUAACACUACAACUAGUUUAAAAGCAUACUCCACUUAGCUUAGUAGCUUAUCCUGUUGGAAGCGUUGGUAAGGGAUUUUGUACGCAUUAAAGCCAGUGACAUUAAAAUGGAAAAAAAGAAACAUUAAAGAGACUCUCUCUCUCACACACACACAUUGACAUGUCGUAGGCAAACCAUUUAGUAGGACACGAAUUGAAAGCAAAAAUUCAGCUGGACUGAGCACGAGGAUGAAUGGGGUUGAAAUGUAACAAAACAACAUGCCGCUUUUAUUACACACACGAACACACAUACAAACGAUAUAAAGACAUUAAAUUAGGUUGGCUUUUUAGGUGGCUUAAAUUAAACAAAAAUUAACAAAAAUAACAACAUUUUAAUACAAAAUGCGUCUAGUGUCACAAGUGACAGGCUACAGAGCAGCGCUUAGUAAUUGUUCACCCCUCUCCUUCAUCCCUGGGCCUCCUCUUCUCGCAACGCAGCAAGUUAGUCGUCUGCGCGCCUAAUUUUCGAACGCUUCGAGGCUGUGUGAGUGUUAGUAGAAACACGUACAUAAACGUGUUAUAAAAAUAGCGUCGGUGUUGCGCGCGUGCGUGUUAGGCGUGUGCCACCUUUUUCAUAAUAGAUGAUCAAGGACCAUUGCACGCAGGGUUUGCCGGUGUUCGGCUGAAUCGAUCGGUAGCAGUAGCGUAGCGUUAGGAUACCUUUGGUCUAGAAUAUAUUUUAUAUUUAUCACGAUUUAACACAAACACACACAUACACACACACACACACCUACACACUGUUAUUUGGCGUAAUGUCCUACGCGGGCAUGCCGGCCUGUAUGCAGGCUUUCGAGAAUUAUUUAAAUUCAGUCCUUGCUACGAGGCUUGAACCCAUACCGGGCAUGUUUAGUAAGUCGUACGAGUUGACGACUGUACCACGGGACCGCCCCUACACCUACACACAUGUAUGUAAUUACUAAACAAUUAAACUAUUGUGAAUAGAGAGAGAGAGAGAGAGAGAGAGAGAGAGAGAGAGAGAGAGAGAGAGAGAGAGAGAGAGAGAGAGAGAGAGAGAGAGAGACCGAGAAAGGUAGUUAGGGAGAAAAACGAGCGAAAAAGAAAUAGAAAAUGAAAGAAAAGUAAAGAGAGAAAUCGAAAGAGAAAGAGUAAGGGAUUGAGAGACAAAGAAAUAGAGAGAGAGAGAUAGAGCGAUAGAGAGAGAUAAAGAGGGAAAGAGAGAAAAAGAGAAAGAGAGAAAGAGAGAAACAGAAAAAGAGAGAAAGAGGGAAUGAGAGAAGAAGAGAAAAUAAGAGGAAUUAGAAAACUCGACCAUCCAAUGUGUGUGUAAGUGUGUAUGUGUGUGUGUGAGAAUGUAUGUGUGUGUAUUACGCUCCCCUGGUAAACUACUUUCGUUCGUGUAUUGAACAAAAAAUGAUAGAAAGUCUAGCCUUCUCGAUAGAAACAAACAUGAAAAGACAAAAGCAAAACAAAUAACCUAACCUAUACAUAUAAAAAAAUAUAUACAUAAAUAUAUACAUAUAUUUAUACAUCGGUGUGGCUGCGGAUGUGCGUUUGUGUGAGUGUGUUUGCACGUAUGUGUAUUUGUUCGCGCGCGUGUGUGAGUGUGUGUCGCUGCUAGUGUGAUUGUGAUGGUAGAACAAACAAACAAAAUAAUAAUAAUACAAACAAAGAGAAACACAAGACAGAGGCAAAGAAUAAGUAGUGGUUUGAGUUGAGUUGAGAUUCUGUCACUGUCAUUAGUACACACCCGUUGUAGUCAGCUCCGUUUACUCCUCUCCGCACCGUCCAAAACAAAGGGAAGAGAUGGCAACAAGGAGGAAGAAGAAAAAGAAAUAACGAAAGUAUAAAUGUAGGACACGUGCAUGCCAAAUCGUUUUUCGUACCCAGUGGUGAUGUUGUUUUGUUUUUUUUUGUUCCUGUUACACAUUUUGCUUCACAGUUAGUACAAUUUACACAAAGACUAAAGUCAAUUUAUGAUACAGGGUCGAGUUCUGGUCCUUGUUUGGCAUUUAUCCCUAACAACUUGGAUAGAACAGUUAUUUCAGUGCAGGUUAACAGUUUUUUUUAAAUUAAAAACACAAUACAUUAACAUAUUCCAGCGUCAAAUUGCCCAAAAAAAAAAUUGCUAUAGUUUUGAUGCGUCAAAUUGUGUACAAUAUUGUAGAUUAUAACGACCUUUCUUCAGUUUCUAGUUCACCCAUAAAAAAUUACAUAAACAAACCAACAAACCAAAGUUCUAUCUACUUGCACUUGUCAGUUCCUUAAGGACGAAGCGACAUGUAUCGUAUAUUGACUUUGGUCAAGGCUUACACGUUCUGUAAAGAAAGGUUAGCAUAUAUUUUCCUGUUACUAGUGUUGCACUAGUUCUAUUACUAUUAUAUUACAACGAAAGUUGACGGUUGUUUGAGAUUUUAAAGUUAAGGAUAUAGGACGGCACUUUCCCUUUUAAAGGUAGAGGAAGAAAAAAGAGAGGAAGACAUUCAUCAUAUCAGACGCAAGGAUUUAUGAAACCUAUUUUUAAGUGCUGAGUGCUUCUUGUUCGUAUCACUGUUUGGGUUGUUUCGUUGUUGCCUUACAGUAGUACCAUUUAGGAAAACGAGCAUUACUACACUAUCCGACCACUGGUACAACACUGACCAGCUACUUCCGACAGCGAAGCGAGAUGGAUACUAACAAAGAAGAAAAGAAAAACAAAACUACUAAACAAAAGCGAUAGAUCACUCAAAACUCCCCACCAUGCCAAGAGCUUUUUUCGUCGUCCAGCCACUACUUGUACUAGUAUGUGUGUGUUAGUAAUUAGCAAACAUCGCACGGCAAGCACGAUGUGCAGGCGAGCGAGCGAGUGUAUGUGUGUGUAUGUGUCGGUGCGCGGGUUAGCAGCCUGUUUACUAGAGGAGCAUAUACUACUCGAAAACUUUUUAUACGUUUUAUGUACCGUCUAUUCCUCACGCCGAACCCAGAGCGCUGGAUCGUAGCUGCGAAGUAAUGCAUGACAAUGGGAAAUGAAAGGAAUGAACCUCACGUCAAUUCUAUUACCGAUAAGAUAAGUAACCGUAUCCUGUGCGAUUUAAAGCAAAGAAAGUAAAACAACCAACAGAAUGAAACUACCUAACAUGGGCUCAAAAACAGCCUGCUCCCCUUUUAUAAUGUUUAAACAACCUCUAACCAUAUACCUGCACUGGUGGGCACGAAGAGAGUAUAUAUAUACAUGUAUGUUAAUCAUCCAAUCCAAGCCCUCAGUUUAGUGUAGCAAUAGUUGUGUAGUGUGCUGCUAAGCAAGAGCUGUAAAAAAAAGAAAAGAAAAACAAACAAACCAACAAACAAAAUGCAAAGCGCGUUCGCUUCCCGCCAAAUGUGCGCGUGCACCUGUUUAUAGUUUGUAGCGAACGUUUAUCAUCCCACCUUGAAUUCUAAAUAGAAAGCAAAGUAACAAAACCGGCGCGGCGCUGCAUCGCACACACGUACACACUUUUGUGAAACGCAUUUCCAGUACGAACAGCACACCAAUCAACCUGUAGAUGUUACUAAGCGUGUAACGCACACAUACACACAUACAUACACACCUAGUUUGGUUUCAACAACAUUGCAAACAAUAACGCUAAACAAUAACAAAAUAAGCACUGAGUGCUAUUAUUGCACUGCUAGUGCUACUAACGCGUCACGCGGAGUGUUGUUGCGGCGUCACUCGAUCUGCGAUACAUGUUGUGCAAAAUACUUCCGACACCGACGCGCCGCGUCUUAGCGUUCCCGGGAGGUUCCGCAAAAACGUGCAUACGUAUGUUUUAGACCAAACCGUGCACCAUGUGUAUACUAAUAACCCUCCCCCGUAGCUGACCCCCCCCCCCCCCCAGUGGCACUAAGAAUGCGAACUUGAUAUUAGCGCUUGCAGCAGGAUGUGCGUGUGUGUGUGUGUGUGUGUGUGCAUCGUGGCCACGUGUUUGCACGAACCUUAGAGGCUUAGUGACUGUUUGGCUGGCUGGCGCCGAGUAGACAACUAGAUAGAUGCUAGUGGCGCUCUCUGUCGAGGGGGAGGCCUUCGUUGUUUGUAGCCCUACUUUGGAUCUGGAUCCCCAUUAGCCCGUAGCGACUUGAUACAUAUUUUAUACAUCGUAUUGAAACAACCUUUUUCCAGGCUUCAAGGCUAGAACCAAAAUCGAGGGAUGGAAACACACGGGCAGGCAAUGGGCAUCGGUAGAUGCAGCCGUUAUUUAAGCCGUAGAGGACGAAGAAGAAGAAGAAGAAGAAGAAGAAAACGUUGAACGUGUUUUUAGAUCACAGCAAGCAACGGUUACAAGUACCAUUAGGCGAACGCUGAGUUCGAUAGAAUAUUACACUGUUUGUACGGCUUGCUAUGACAGUUUUACUGUACUUUUUAUGCUGCACCUGGUCGCCGUGUAUCGCGUCGUCUCGUUUAGUGGUUAGGCACGUGGGGAUUCACUUUCCUUUCACUCCAUGCGCGGUAGCGCUUUUGGAACUGCUCAAUUUAAAAAGAAAAAAAAAACACACACACACACACACUAGCGUUUGACACUUUGCUUACCAUUACCCCAAAACACGCGUGGUGGGCGAAACAUGGUUGUAAUUUUCGUACAAGAAGCGCACCCAGUAGGGAAGUGGGGGAGCGUUGUUUAGGUUGUUCCCCCCCUCCACCCACCACCACCACCACCAAAAUGGGUCAAACGGGAGUUUGAAUGCGCAGCCCAGGGCAGUUUGCCUGCCGCGGAAGUCGCACUCUCAGUCCCGUUUGCGCUCAGCAACAGUCAGCUCGGCCGGCCGGUACUCGCGGGGACGCGCUUAAUUAGCUUCCAAUGGUUCCUAAAGCUAAUUCCAUCCCGUCCCCCGGGGGAAGCGCCUGGUCGGGCUGGAUUGCAGUAGGGGCAGAACCAUUUAGUUCGUUUGAAGCAGAAAAAGAAAACAAACAAACCAAAAAUAAUAACUUUAGCGUUAACGCACUAGGUUGUUAGCAUGUGUCGCUGGGGCAGAGAUAUUGCGGUGUGCGGUGCAGUUAAUUUAGGUUCCGGGCUGCAGCUUCGCAGAUGGUUUUAGGGGCGAGCUGCUACAAAUUACAAAACGAUGAAUAUUUAUAGGAAUUAUCACAUUUACAUAAAAAUAUAUAUUAUAUAUACACAAAUACAGAUAAAUAUAUACAUAAAUAUACACAGUAUUGAGACACGGACGUAAAACAAAAGCGUAGUGUAAUGGCAAGUGUUACAUUCUUCAGAAUCACACUCACACACACACACACAUAGAAACACGCCCCGCGCGAUACAUGUUUCGUUUUCGAUAGGUAAGCUUCAAAUUACUGACAAGAAGAACAAAAGGUCUAAUGCUUAGCUUUUUCUUUGAGUGUGUUAAACAGCAGCUGAGGCGCAUAUUUAGGUGGGUUUGAGUAGUGCAAACUUGAAGUGUAAGAGGAAGAAGAUAAACAAGAAGUAAAACCAAAGGAAUAGGAAAUUAAACUAAAAGAAAUGCAAACAGAAAGAAUACUUAUACCUAAGGUAAGGGAUGUAGCAAGAUAAUCCGAAAGUGUCUAUUUUAUAUAUAUAGAAUUGAGUGACCGAGUGAGACCGCGGGACAGGCGAGAGAUUUAUAAUUUUAACAAACCAAAACCAAAUAAAUAAAACAAGCAGAAGAAUAAAAAAAACACACACAUACACACAAUGGCAUAGAAAAUACCAAAACAACCGAAAUGCUAAGUGACAACAAUCGACACAAAACAUAUCAAUUUUCCAAAAACACGAUAGAUGCGUGAGUCAUAAAUAGAAUAAUAUGUAUUGCAGACAGCCGAAUAAGGCGAAACAAACAAACAAACAAACAAAAAAAAACAAACAAAGCAUGUAAAAUAAAGAUAUUAUGGUACAAAACAUAA